GCCUUGCAUGUUGCGCCUCUGCUGCGCAUUAUUGUUUUUUUCCCCAAAGAAAAUACAAGCGUUUCUGAAUUUGCAAAACACAACGGUGAUAUUGACACCAUUGGAGUGUACGCCAGCUGACGACAGCCAAUACAAGAAAGAGACCUGCUCUGGAAUAUUGACUUUGCGCACAACCUGGGCAACUGGAUAACCUGGAUUACCUGCGCUUCAUCGUUUGGAGUGGGGGGCUCUACAAAGUGAGCCUGAAGAAGGAUAUAUCUUUUUUUCCUUCUUUUUUUCAUAUUUUGUCCUGGCAACUGGGGAAAGGGGUUUUCUGAGGAUAUUGUAGCUGCUCACAGAACGGAGAGAAUGGCAUUUUGGUUCAUCUUUUCAGCAACACUCAGCAUUACAGUUUCAACGCAGGUAUUUGAACGCGGUGCAUUCGAGCUCGAUCUCCACGAGUUUAAGAACAGCAAAGGUUUGCUGGCGAACGGAAAUGCGUGCAAACCCGACUGCAAGACAUUUUUUCGAGUUUGUCUGAAGAACUAUCAGGCUGUGGUGACUCCUGAAAACUGCACCUUCGGUACUGCCAUCACUUCAGUUCUGGGGUCCAACUCGUUUAGUGCAAUGGGAGGUGGUACCUUCAGUUCACCAAUCCGCCUGCCGUUCUACGCUACAUUGCCGGGAUCCUUUUCUUUACGUAUCGAAGCUUGGUAUUCUCCUUUUGCGAAUAAACCAGACACAAACAACACCGAAUUAUUGAUUAGCAAUUUUUCAAUCCGGAGACAGUUGGAAGUAGGGGAUGAGUGGUCUCAGGAUGUUCAGACCUGGAAGCAGACGGAGCUAAGGUAUUCUUACCGGUUCAUCUGCAAUGAACAUUACUACGGCGCAGGCUGUUCCAAAAAAUGCGUGCCAAGGGACGACCUUUUUGGCCACUACAUCUGCAACCCUGAAGGGCAGAUUUCCUGUCUCCCUGGCUGGAAGGGGGGAUACUGCGAUGAACCAAUCUGUCUGGAAGGGUGCAGCCAGGAGAAUGGACGUUGUGACAAACCAGGACAGUGCCUGUGCAGAGAGGGGUGGAAGGGUGUCUUCUGUGAUGAGUGUAAGCUAUACCCUGGCUGCCUGCAUGCAACUUGCCAACAGAGUUGGCAGUGCAACUGUAAGGAGGGCUGGGGCGGCAUCUACUGUAACCACGACCUGAACUUCUGUACGCACCACAAGCCGUGUCUGAACGGAGCCACCUGCAUGAACACGGGGGAGGGCAGCUAUACCUGCUCCUGCCGGCCCGGCUUCAAUGGCGUGGACUGCCAGCUGAGAGUGAAGCUUUGCGACAGCAACCCCUGUAGGAACGGAGGGAUGUGCAUGGACCUGGAAGGGGGCUACGAGUGCACAUGCCCACGGGGGUUCAAAGGGCAGAACUGUGAGCAGAGCCUGCGCUGCGCUGACACGUCCUGCUUUCACAACGGGAAGUGCCGGGAGCGAGACGACGGACGCAGCUACGUCUGCGAGUGCCCGCGCGGAUUCACCGGCCUCAACUGCGAGAAGAUAGUCGACAAGUGCACGUCGCUCCGAUGUGCCAAUGGUGGGCAUUGCGUGGUGCAGAGCGGAGUGGCGUUAUGCCGCUGUCGAGCCGGCUUCACCGGGCAGCGCUGCGAGAUCAACAUCAAUGAGUGCGCGGGCAGCCCCUGCGCCAACGGGGGGACAUGUGAGGAUGCCAUCAACGACUACCACUGCGUCUGCCCGGCGGGGUACAGCGGCCGCGACUGCGACACGCCCGCCGACCCCUGCUCCGCCCGCCCCUGCCUCAAUGGGGGCACCUGUGUCGCCGGGGGCGACGGCCAACCCACGGCCUGCGUCUGCCCGCCCGAGCCGGCCGGGCCUCGCUGCGACUACUUCCCCACCACGCGUCACGUGGGGACGGGCAACCAGCCCCACGACCCCUUCCAGUGGGCCGCUGUGGCCCUGGGCGUGGGCCUGGUGGCCCUGCUCCUGCUGACCGCCAUGGCCAUCGUGGCCCUGCGCUGUGGCCCCAGGGCGGGGCCGGGGGGCGAACGGGACUCGGACGCCAUGAACAACCUCAGCAAAUCCCAGAAGGACAACCUGAUACCCCCCGAGCAGCUCAAAAACACCAACAAGAAGGUCGAUCUUGACUCUGACUGUACCCAGGACAAAACCAACUAUAAACAGAACUACUACUACUUGGACCACAAUUCCACCAAGGACUUUAAGGCGCAACUGUUGCAGGAUGAGAAAAGUCAUAAUUACGAAAGGACUUUAGAAGAGAAAGUGCCAUUGAGUAGAAUGUACAGAGAAAAACCGGAGUGCAGAAUAUCAACGAUAUGUUCCCCGUGGGACUCCGAGUACCAGUCUGUGUUUGUAAUAGCAGAGGAAAGGAAUGAGUGUGUCAUAGCAACCGAGGUAUAAACGGUGGAAGGGGUCCAGCAAGCAUCCCACUAGGAAACUAAAAAUCACCAUCAGGACGGAAUAUCCUCUGGACUGUUUACAAAUAUGAAAAAAAAGCCCAGACUGGGAGUUAUUUAAAUGUUAUUGUUGUUAUCGCUGCUCUUGAGAAAAAAAAAACUUGGGAACUGGAGAGCGUAAGCGUGUGGUCUUUGAACUUUUUGUUUUUGACGCAAGUCAGAAUGCGUACUGUGGGGACGGAUAUAUACGGGUCCUUCAUGUUUCUAGCCUUCAACGGGUGAACGGUUAGUCCGCACAAGCAGCAGAGUCCUGGAUAUUUUGUAGCAGUGCGAAGCCGAAGAGGAGGAGGAAGAGUUUGAAGACGUUGCGGUGAUAAUCGGGAGCAAACCAGACAAUAAUCCAAUGGGAGAAACACUAGCUAGUCCCUGUCUCCUCUACCCUGUGCAAACACUAUGCAACAGAAACAAACAAAAAAAAGCUAUUUGAAACGGUUCCAUUUCUACACCGUCCAAUACUUGCAUUAAGUGCAUUAUGCUUUGUUUUAAUUUUCCACAAUACUCAUGAAGAUUGUAUACCGUACAAAUAACAGCCUUAAAAGAAGUUCAAGUUGGUCUUUAGUUGUACACCAGUGUUCUGUGAUUAUUUGCACAAUAUAACAGAAUGGGUGAGGAAGUCAGAGAAAACCACAGAACCACAAAAGACAACACAUUGUCAUUGGAAUGCAUGAUGUAGAUCUAUUUAGUUGUAUUUUUGCAACAUGGUCCAUAAAGGCAAAAGAAACACAUUUAAAAUAAGAAGAUGAUAAUGUGACUAUCAUACCAAGACUGCCUAUAAUUAGUACUGAAAUUACAGAGCCAAUACAAUAUUUUUUAAAUGUGUAUUUCUGAUGUUAAUUUAAACAUUAUGAAGCACUGAUAUUUCUAUGUUUUAUAUGAUUAUUUUGUACAUAAUGUGUAUUUAUAAGGAAAAAACAUGUGUAAUUGUUAUGCCUUCAAUAAUGUUUUUAAAUCUGAAGCCAGAAAAAAUGUUGAAACUGUUAUGUCUGGUACUGUGUUUGUUAAAUGUGGACAAUAAGAGAAUGACAACACUUCUGGGCAAUCUGGACAUCUUCAAACAAAAAGUUUUCAGUGAUGGGAUUUUCUGCUUCUGCAUCAUGAAAAGAAAAUGCAAUUAAGAAAUAUAUUUAUUAAAAAUCUAUAAAUGAAAGACCCCUUCUGAUGAAAGCAUCUGUGCUGCAUCACAAUUGAAUCAUAUGUUUCGGACG